GAAGAAAAAAAAAGUAUGGCGUUUGGCAACAGCAGCAGUAUUUUGUGUGUUUUAUUUUGUAAAUUUGGUUUUCAACUAAUUUCACAUAACUUUUCAGAUUAUUAUUUGUCGAGUGUGGAUGAUUUUCAAGACUAACGCUGAAUAUUUCUAGAAAAGUGGCCACAUUAUGAUAUGUAUAUUAAAACCGUAAUUUAAUUUUUUUCGUUCACAAUCGCUGUCUUUAGAAUUUACCAACAAAUACUGUAAAACUAAAAUCACGGCGUCGAAAAAUCCUGAAGAAUCUGUCCACCAAGACACUGACAACCGAUAUAAGAUGCCAGCAGCAAGUUUCGGUUCUCUGUCACAAUUACCAGCAAAUGGAGAUUGCGGUAUUAAGGAUGUUUGGAAUCAUAACCUACAUGAAGAGUUCCAAAUCAUAAGACAGGUUGUUCAGAAAUAUCAUUGGGUAGCAAUGGACACUGAGUUUCCUGGAGUUGUAGCUCGACCUAUUGGAGAAUUCAGAUCAACUGCAGAUUAUCAAUAUCAACUUUUGAGGUGCAAUGUGGAUCUGUUAAGAAUAAUCCAAUUAGGACUGACAUUUAUGGAUGAAAAUGGUAAAACACCCCCGGGUUACACUACUUGGCAAUUCAAUUUCAAAUUCAAUCUGCAGGAAGAUAUGUAUGCACAAGAUUCUAUUGACUUACUGCAAAACUCAGGAUUACAGUUCCGUAAACAUGAAGAAGAUGGUAUAGAACCACUUGAAUUUGCAGAAUUGCUCAUGUCAUCAGGGCUUGUACUCAUGGACAACAUCAAAUGGUUAAGUUUUCAUUCUGGGUAUGAUUUUGGAUACUUAUUGAAACUUUUGACAGACCAGAAUUUACCACAAGAUGAGAAUGACUUUUUUGAAAGUUUAAGAUUAUAUUUUCCUACAGUUUAUGAUGUUAAAUAUUUGAUGAAACUUUGCAAAAACCUGAAAGGAGGACUUCAAGAAGUUGCAGACCAGCUGGAGCUGAGACGAGUUGGGCCGCAGCACCAAGCAGGCUCAGAUUCUCAUCUCACAGGAAUGGCAUUCUUCAAGAUUAAAGAAAUAUUUUUUGAUGACAACAUUGAAAGUUCAAGUGGUCACCUGUAUGGCCUUGGAGCACCAUUUUCGGUCAAUGUCAACAAUUUCCAAGACAAUGGAGAGAAUGGCAACUCAUCUUGAUUUGGGGGAUCUGUUUGUCGGGUCCACCACAUCUGACUCCAUAAGUAUUCCAUCAAACUAGACUUAUGGAGAAUAGAUAAUGUUAAAAUAUAAAGUGCUGUACAUAUUCUAUCAUGUCUACAAAGAUUUGUUAUAUAUGUUUACUUUGAAAAUCAUAUUGUAAAUGAAAACAAAGGGUAAAUCAGAAUGUGACUAAAAUUAUUUCAUUUUAGUGUUUAAUACAUAUUCAAGAAAUUAUUUUAUCAUUACAAUUUGCAUGCAAUAUACUUAAAGAAAAUGCACAUUUAAUGCUGUUAACUUGAAAAGGUGACCAAUAUAUUUUAUUAAUCAAUAAAUUUGGAAAUAGUUAAAAACGAAAAUAUUUUGGAGAGAAUAUUAGUCAGUUUUUCAAGUGAAAACGAUUAUACAAAUUGAUCAAUUAUUUGUACAUGUAUUUUAUACACAUAGACAUAAGGACAUACCUACGUAUUUUUUUUCUAAGACUUUUUCUUUUGCUUUUGUUAUAAGUAUUAGUUUGAUAUCUAUUGUUUUGUAAAGAAAGAUAAUAAAACUUAAUUUAAAAAUA